GGAGAGGAGAGGAGAGGCGUGGCAUGGCGUUCUUCUGCGGUGGUGUCCACGCAGACAAUGCCAGAGGAAGUGUCUGAGGACAAAAGCAGUAGCAGCAGCACCAGCGCCACUAGCGCCACCACCAGUACAGGAGGAGGAAACGCAGGCGGCAGUGGAGCACGCAACCCAGCACCAGCAGCUGGAGGAGGAGCAGCCACGCUCCGGACGAGGGAGCGAACGGGCAAACGAACGGGAGAACGAAGAAUUGAAGGAGAAGGAGCGAGAAGAGGAGGAGUAGGAAGAGGAGCAGAGGUGCCGGGCCGCGGAGGUGGCACUGGCGUUGACAAAAAAAACAUUCCUCCCUCCAGGAACAGUAACAGUAACAACAGCAGCAGUAACAGCACAAAGUCCAAAGCCAACAGUGGCCCCGGGCCCUCGGGAGCCCACACACACACACACACAAACUCUCACACACACACACAGCAGCGCACACACACGUCCAGCCCUAAGAAGCAGCAGCAGCAGCAGCAGCGUCCGGCUCCCCCCAGCGCAGGCUCUGGCUCUGGCUCUGCGGGACCCUUGUCAAUGCAUCCCACCAACACCAAAGUCAGGAACUCCCCGACAGCACACACCCAAAGUCCUAAGUCUAAGCAGGAGGCCAUGGUGCGCUCGCCCCCUGUCAUGUCUCCCUCCAGCGCCGCCCAGAUGGACUCCAAGCUGACCAAUCAGGGGAAGCAGGGGGCAGCCAGCGGCCAAUCGCAGGCCUCGCCCUGCGACACCAAGGCGCCAAUGGGCGGGACCCACAACACCAAGGCACCAAUGGCGACGGGGCCAAUGGGCCUGAAGAACGGCCAGGGCAUCGGGGGCGGGCCCAAGGGCGGGACUAAAGUGAAGCGGGAGCGGAGCACGUCGGCGGAGUCCUUCGAUCAGCAUGACGAGGGCACAGGGACCAAUGAGAACGAGACAAAAGAGCUGGGCAACAGGGCGAAGCGUCUGUGUGUGGAGAGGAGACAGCCGUACACGGGGGCAGACUGGUGCUCAGGCGGAGAGACGGACGAAGAGGAGGCAGCUUUCUUCAACUGCAACUCGGGGGACAUAAAGCAGGAGCCCGGUGUCCUGUCGUCCUCCACCCCUACCCAGAAUGCAUUAGGGGGCCAGAGCGGCACGGGGCCCGACGUGAAACCCGGCACGGGGAAACUCUGCUACAUCUUUACGACCGAUAUGGCCAACAAGGCAGCUGAAGCGGUCCUCACGGGGCAUGCCGACAGCCUCAUCGCGUACCACAUGAACCACAUCUCCAACGGCAACAAGCCCAUGCUUCCUAUGAUGGGCUCCAUGGGUGGUGACUCUAAGCAGCAGCCCGGGGGCGGUGGCCCUGCGUCUUCCCAUCCCCCCGAGCAGAACCACCAGCCAGCCCCCAAGCCCUCAGCACCCUCGGGCCCCCCAGGGCAACCCACGCCACCCUCCCAGCCCCAGGCCUCCGCGCCGGGCACCAAGCCCCAGGACGGGCCCUCUUCUCUGGGCAUGGACCCCAAGAGCGGCCCCGGUGGCAGCGGGAGCCCCCAGGAUGGAGGAGUCUCGUCGCAGGAUGCAUCCGGUGUCGGUGUUAGUGCCCACCCCGGGGCCGGGAUGGUUCCUCCAGGGGAGGGGAACCCCCAGCAGCAGGGAGGGGGUCCCCAGGGCAGCGGUGGGUACCCGCUCACGGGGCCGGACGGCCAGAUGCUCCCCCACCCCGCCAUGCAAGGCCCGGGUUCGGGGCCCGGUGGUGGUGGUGGGGGUGGUCUGCCCCCGGAGCUGCUGGCCCUGGGGGAGAGCGCGCUACAGGACGGCGAGGGGGGGGGCCUGUCUCAGGAGCAGCUGGAGCACCGGGAGAGGUCCCUACAGACGCUCCGGGACAUCCAGCGCAUGCUGUUCCCCGACGACAAGGACGUGCCCGUCAUGGGGGGGCCCAACAUGGGCGGCCCCCCAGGUCCUCCAGGCGCCGCCGGGCCUAUGGGGCCUAAUCACCCCAUGAUGGAGGGUGGGGGCCCCAAGAAACCGGGCGACCCGGGGGCGGGGGGGCCUCUACAGGCCAUGAUUGCCCAGUCUCAGAGCCUGGGCAUGGGCAAGCCUGGCGGUGGUGUCGGCCCGUUCGGACCUGGACCACCCGGUGGUGGCCCCCCCAGGGACAUGCAGUUCAACCCGGACGAGCUUGGAGGGCCCCCAAUGAUGCCCCCUGGUGGAAUGAUGGAUAGAGAGAUGCAGCCUGGUGACCACAUGAGCCCGGAGCAGAUGGCAUGGCUGAAGCUGCAGCAAGAGUUCUACGAGGAGAAGAAACGCAAACAGGAAAUCAUGAUGCAUCACGGCGGCCCGCACGGCGGUCCGCACGGCCACGGACCCCGAGGCCCCAUGAUGCACCGCGGGCCCCCGCCGCCCUACCAGAUGAACCCGGGGCCCGACGGCUGGGUAGGAGGGGGGGGCCCCGAUCCGUUCCCCGACCAGAUGGGCAUGGGAGGUGGGAUGCCAGGGCCAGGGGGUAUGCCCCCACGUGGCAUGCACCCGCACCCACACAUGCAGCGCUUCCCCUCGGGUAUGAUGAUGAACCCCGAUAUGGAGGGUGGGGGGCCCCACGGCAUGCCACCCAGGGGGCCCCAUCCGGGUAUGAGCUGGGGGCCUGAGGGCCCGCCGGAUGGGCGUGGGUUCCCACCCCAGGGCAUGUUCGGGGGGCCCGGAGGUCCAGGCGGUGGGGGGCGGGUGGAGAGGUUCCCCAACCCUCAGGCGAUGCAGGAGGCCAUGUUCCAGCAAGGCAUGAUGGGAGAAAUGAACCAGAGGAUGAUGGGUAAUCCGCACCACGGGCGGCCGCCACAUCACAUGGAGCCCGGCCCUGGAGGAAUGAUGUUCCCCAGGAUGCCUGGCGGCGGCGGCGGCCAUGAUGGGGGAGCCCCCAUGAGUCCCGGGUCCAGGAUGGAGUUCCUCAAGAGCCUGAGUCGAGACAUGGGGGGCGACUUCGGUGGGAUGGGUCCCGGAGGACCAGGCCCCGGGAACAUGGGCAUGGGACCCGGUCCUGGUCCUGGGCCCGGCCCUCCCCAGAUGAUGGGCCCCCGUAUGGGCCUGAGCCCGGAGGAGGUGAUGAAGAUGAGGAUAGCAGCAGCAGCGGCAGGAGGAGGAGGAGGAGGAGGUGGAGGGGGGCCCAUGGGCCCCGACAACAUGAUGGGCCCCCAGCAAAAGAUGAUGAUGCAGGGCCAGGGGCCCCCCUUCCCUCCCGACCACCCAGGCGACUUCAACAUGGGGGGACCAGGGCCGGGGCCAGUUCGGGGCCAGUUCCCCCAGGGCCCGGGUCCCAUGAACCAGCCAGGGGGGCCCCCCAUGGGCCCAGGUCCUGGUCGGGGAGGAGGGCCAAGAGGGGAGGCGCCCUUCCUCCCGGACCAGAGAGGGGGUCCAGGUCCGGGGGGUAACGGGGGUGUUGGGGGUCGCCUGAGCCACAUGCCCCCCAACCAGAACCCUAACCAGCCACCGGGACCCGGUGGUGGGGGCGCCCCUCCCCCACCCCCUACCAACCAGCGUGGGCGUAAACAACAGCAGCAGCAGCAGCAGCAGCAGCAGCAACAGGAGCAGGCCAACUCGCCUGGCCUCAACCCCCUCAAGUCACCACCCCUACGCCAGGUGCAGUCGCCCAUGAUGGCGUCACCCUCACCCUCUGCCUCCGCGGCGGGCCUGAAGUCGCCAUCCCAGACGCCGUCCCAGCUGGCGGGCAUCCUCACGGGCACCGUGCCACCAGCCUCCACCUCCAUCGCCACGACAACAGCCACGGCAACAGGUCCUGGCAUCAAGUCGCCCGCUGGUGGCGUCAUGGGCUCCUCAGCGGGGGCGUCGCCCGUCCACAUGAAGUCGCCCUCGGUGCAGCCCGCCCCCUCGCCUGGCUGGACGUCCUCGCCCAAACCGCCCCUGCCCAGCCCCGGAGGAGGAGGAGGAGGAGGGGGGGCACAGCAGGGGGGAGGAGGAGGGGGUGCAGGGGGGAAGCCCCCACCAGGCAUGAUGGGCAGCAAUGAACCAGGUGCCCCUUCCUCAGCCCCGCCUCCCACCAGCUCGUCCAAUCAGCCGCCGGGCAACACCAACACCAGCACCAAUAGCAACCCCUAUAACAGCAGCUUGCCCCCCGAGCCCACGCUAUCCCAGAAUCCCCUGUCCAUCAUGAUGUCCCGCAUGUCCAAGUUCGCCAUGCCCAGCUCCACGCCGCUCUACCACGACGCCAUCAAGACCGUCGCCAGCUCAGACGACGACUCGCCGCCCGCACGAUCACCCAACCUGCCCAAUAACGGCAUGCCUGGUAUGCACCCUGGUCACCCUGGUAUGCGCAUGAUGGGUCCCGGCUCCUCGGGCCCCAUGUCCUCCCUCAGCCCCAUGUCCAUGAACGCCAUGGGCAACCCCAAUAUGCCCCACCCCCACGGCCACCCCCACGGACACCCCCACGGACACCCCCACGGCAUGCCAGGAGGCCCCAUGCCCGGCCAGAUGCACUCCCCAGGCGCCAUGGGGGGCCCCGGCAUGGGGGGUCCCCCCCACCACCCAGGCGGUAUGGGCCCCGGCCCGGGCAUGAUGCCACAGGGUAUGAUGAUGGACCACCCACAGGGUAUGAUGGUUCAGGGGCGCAUGGGCAUGCCACCGCACCACCGCGGGCAGGGGGGGUACCCACCUGGACACGGGCCCCAUGGACCGGGGCAGUCGCCUCCACAGCAGCAGGGGGGGCCGUACCCGCCACACAACGGGCCUGGACCUCAAGGCUUCCCGCCGGGCAUGGGGUUCCCGGGUGAGGGGGGUGGCCCGGGCCCCAUGGGCAGGAUGGGAGGGGGGCCCGAUAGGGGUGGUCCCGGAGGCGGGGGGCCCCCCGAGUUCAUGGGGGGCGUGUUCGACCCGGACCUGCAGGAAGUGAUGCGUCAGGGGGCGUCGGGCAUCCCCGAGUUCGACCUGUCGCGCAUCAUGCCCUCGGACAAGCCCAGCCAGACGCUCUCCUACUUCCCCCGGGGCCCAGGAGACGGGAAGGGCCCCCCACCACCGCACCACGGGGGCCCCCCUCACCCGGGACAGCCGGGCUUCCCUCCCCAGAUGCAAGGCAUGAUGGGAGGGGAGGGCAGCCCUCGUAUGAUGGGACCUAUGGGGGGGCCCCAGGACAUGCCCAUGGGGGGUCCACCAGGUCCAGGCAUGCGGCCCCAGGGCUUCAUGGGCCCUGGAGGAGGCCCCAUGGGUGGACCUCCACAGGGGGGGCCCGGGGGCAUGGGCGGCCCUGGGCCCCAGCAUCGAAUGCUCUCCCCUGGGCAGCAACAAGCCAUGAUGGGGGGCCCCGGCCCCGGGAUGAUGGUGCAAGGUGGGGGGCCUCCUGGGAAAGAGAGGGGAGGUGGGGGCCCCAUGUACGGACACCCGGGCCCUGGGGGGUCGCCGACGAUGAUGAUGCAGCUUCAGGGCAUGGGUGGGGGCCCCCCUCCACAGGGUAUGGGGGGGCCCUCUCCACAACAGCAGCAGACUAUGAUGAUGCAGCAGAUGAGGCCGCGGGGCCCCGGGGACAUGGGCAUGAACUUUAACCCUGGCCCUGGGAACCCUGGCAACAUGAUGUUCUGAAUGUCGGACCUGGAAACCGUGGGAUUAUGAUUUUAUGAUUUUAUGACCGUGGGAUUAUGAUGUUAUGAUCAUCGGAAUCUUCUGAACGCUGAAACAGGGAACCCUGGGAUUGAGACUAUGAUGUUCUGAAUUAUGAGGUUCUGAACGCUCGGAUUAUGAGGUGCUAAACCCUGGGCCAUAGCACCCUGGAAUUGGGAUUCCGACGUUCUGAACACUGGGAUUGGGAAUAUGAUGUUCUGAAUGUCGGGCCUGGAAACCCUUGGAUUAUCAUGUUCUGAACGCUUUACCAGAGAACCCUGGGAUUAUAAUCCUCUGAAUACUGGCAUUAUGAUGGGGUUCUGAACCCUUUGAUUGGGAUUUUCAUGUUCUGAACGCUGGGAAUGGGAUUUUGAUGUUCUAAACGCUGGGAUUGGGAAUAUGAGCCUAGGACAGACGUGUGAAAGUGUGAAAAACAUACAGUACAGUACAAACACUUGUGAACCUGUGACGACAGAAAUCUUGACAAGAUCCAGAGGAGAAGGAUUUUACUCUUGAGUUUUCGUACGUGUUUGUGUGGGUGUGUGUCAUGUGAUGUGUAGACGUGUGCGUGUGACAGUGGCCUGAACUUUCGCUGCAACGGUACUCUAUAGUGAGAAAAUGGGUCAUACACACACACCCGCACACACACACACACACACACACACACACACACACACACACACACACACACACACACACACACACACACACUCUGGCAGGGACUCCGACUCAGUGCCAAGUUCUCAAAGGUACCUGAAAAUGAGGGAAUACAGCACUGCAUCCCUGACCUGUGACCUCCUGAGAAAAAGGGAGUCACGGCAACUUUACUGUCAGUGGGUGCAUCCCAAUAUGUGACCUUGCCUCCUCCACUUGCCUCCUCCACUUGCUUCUCGUCAUGAUGACAUCACUGACAACAGCAUUAUAUUUCAAUAUCUUGCAAAAGCUCAAUUGUAAAGUCUUUUUCUCAUUUGCAAUUGGGAUGGUGAAUGAAAAACAGUCCCUCAAAAGUUCUUGUGGCGAGGCUGACAGCUGGGAAACUUUAUCGUUUUCUCCACGGAGGAGGGGCCAGGAGGCGGGACGAGGAGACAAGCACAAGUGGAGGAGGCAAGGACACAUAUUGGGAUGCACCCAGUGUGAGGGAGAGGAGGAGGAAAGCCUCUCCUGGACCAGUGCCGGCUGGCUGGCGAGGAGGAGAACCCCCAUAGGCAGCUGGGACCCAGAACAAAAAUCAAAUAAAUAACAUUUAAAAAACGCAAAUACAACUACGUACAGGAGCUGAACAAAAUAUGAAGAACUUCAUGAACAAAAACAGAAACGGAGACAGAGACUACAGGAUAUAACAAGGAGAAUUUCCAUACAUACACACACACAUACACACACAUAUACAGUAUGUACUGUGUAUACACACACACACGAUGUGCAUACAAACAUACAUACAUGCAUACAUACGGUACGUGUCGUGCAUACAGGACAAGACAAGACUGUCUGAUAAAACGGUGAGAAGUUCUCAUCUCGCAUUGAGGAGUGGCAUCAGUGUGUUGGACUAUUUGUUUACAUGUCAUCCCAUUUCCUGAAGACUACAACUUCUGUGUGUGUGUGUGUGUGUGUGUGUGUGUGUGUGUGUGUGUGUGUGUGUGUGUGUGUGUGUGUGUGUGUGUGUGUGUGUGUGUGUGUGUGUGUGUGCAUUUGUGAGUGUGUGUAUUAACGAGAGCGCGUGUCUUUAAGUACUGUAUAAAUGUUUGAGUGUGUGUGUGUGUGUGCGUGUGUGUGAUGUACUUGUGUUACUUUCCGCUGUUUGUCUCGUGAGUGUGUGUGUGUGCGUGUGUCUCUGUGUGUGUGUGUGUGUGUGUGUGUGUGUGUGUGUGUGUGUGUGUGUGUGUGUGUGUGUGUGUGUGUGUGUGUGUGUGUGUGUGUGUGUGUGUGUGUGUGUGUGUUCGAGCGUGCGUGCUUGUGUGUGUGUGUACAAAUGUGGGUGAGGCCGCCUUGCCCGCCCUGUUACUAAAUACUGUGCAUUGUUAAGAAAAAAGACUCUUUUAAAUGUCGUUUCCUUUGUUACUUCCGUUGUAUGAUAAAAAAAAAAGAACCAAACGAAGACCUCAUACAGAUCGCUAGUAUUAUCAAGGGAGACUCAAAGCACAAAACAAAACAAGAAAACACAAACAAAUUAACUGUAAAGACUGAGACUGAGGGAAGGGGUGUUUUUCCGUGUUCCUUUUUUGUUUUUGUAUCUUAGAGAAAACAGGGCUGGACUGGAGGACAAAUAGGGCCCUGGCACUUUUGGUUUAAAGGGCCCCCCCCCCCAUAGUUAGCGGUGCAGAACUGACUCAACGGUGGGCCCCACACCCUCGUCGGCCCCUAUCUUCAUUAAUGUGAAAAAUGUUUGGGUUUUUUUUAACAUUUCUCAAAAUAGGGGCCCAGGAGGGUUCGACUGUGGGGCCCACCGGGAAAUGCCUGCAGGCCAGAUGGCCAGUCCAACCCUGCAGAGAAACACGUCUUCUCUUUUUGGGGGGGCUCAGAGAGAGACGAGAAGUCCCCGUAGACUUCAUAAUGAUGCGGCCCCUCUUGGGGUGAUUGACUGGGUCAAGCGUUGAGGGGCGUGUGUGUGUGUGUGUGUGUGUGUGUGUGUGUGUGUGUGUGUGUGUGUGUGUGUGUGUGUGUGUGUGUGUGUGUGUGUGUGUGUGUGUGUGUGUGUGUGUGUGUGUGUGUGUGUGUGUGUGUGUGUGUGUGUGGAUGUGUCCGUGUGUGUUUGUGUGUGUGUGUGUGUGUGUGUGUGUGUGUUUG